UAGGACAGGCCAGACCAGAGAGCUGCACCGCUCAUCUGCCUCGAGCUGGAACAGUCUCUGUUUCUCUUAAAUAAAAUGCUUGAAAGAACAUGUAGAAGAAAUGGGAACCAGUAGGAAGAGGAAGUAAUGAAGGAAAAAGCUGCUUCGUUGGUUGAAUUUCCAUCCUAUAUGAUCUGCUAAACACGGAGGGGUUUUAAAGUUCAUUAUGAGCGCCCUCAUGGGAGUGUCCAUCACUGGUGGUGCUAGCAGAAACAGAGAAAAUGAAGAUGAAGAUCCCAGUGAAGGAAACGCCAGCAAUGAGGGUCACAAUCAAUGGAUGAGGCCGACGACAUCUUGGCUGAGUGAUGCAGAUCAAGCUGGACAACAGCUGGCAAAACCUGCCCUGUCUGGAAGAAAGGCACGCAGAAAGACCUGUCCUGAGGACAAACAAGGAAGAAGAGGGGACAGAAACCUAGAAAGGGACGAGGAGAGACGCUUCAGAGGUAAGGACAAAGGUCAAGAACUGUCUAGAAGGAUGGAAACAGUAUGUGCAGAUGAAGUCCGAGAUGAAGCAAGGAGAGGAACCUCUGAAUGCUUUUCCAGCAGUAACUCUGAAAUGCAGUUAAAAACCAUUUUUGAAGCUGGAGAGCCAUCAAAUCAUUCAGAAAGACAACAUAAAAGUUCUAGAUCGCAAGCUGUCAGCUUCCCCCAAACUACAACAACCAAUUUAAAAUCUCAGUCUGGACGGCCUGCUGUUCAAAUGACUCAUCCGUCAUCACAAGACCCUUUAUCUGGAGAUUUAUAUCCAUUCUGGGGAGAAGUGAGAACAGGGCGACCAUCACAAUACCUUUUGAAUCAGACACAAAUCUCAGAAUCAGAGGAUGAAGAAGAGGAAGAUGAGAACAAGAAAUCCAUUGAAGAAGGCUGUGGCGUGAUCGAAGUGCCGGGUCGACCCAUGUACUCCACAGAGACACCACCUUGUAUUGCUUCAGGAGAGAGGAGGAUGAGUAAAAGAGAGAAGAACAAGAUUGAAAGUCUGAGAAGGAGGCAGAGGAGGAGAGAGAAAUGGAGACCAAGUCAGCAGCCGGAGAGCACACAGAGUUCAACAGAGACCCCCACUACCACCAGCAGCUGCAGCAGCACUGAGGAUGAAGAAACUCUGAGCAUGAGAGACAAAGAAGGUUUCAUCUGUGCCGUGUGCUUGGAUGUGUACUUCAGUCCUUACAUGUGUCACCCAUGCAACCACAUCUUCUGUGAGCCCUGUUUGAGGACACUUGCAAAGAACAACCCCUCCAAUACCACAUGCCCUCUCUGCAGAACCAUCAUAACUCAUGUCUUCUUCCAAAAGGAGCUGAAUCAAACAGCAAAGACAUUCUUCCCCAAGGAAUACCUUUCCAGAAAGCAAAACUUUCAGAGAGCACCUUGCUCAAAGUGGCCGCUCCCAAGCUGCAGGAAGCUCUUCCGCAUCUUUCGAGGUUUCCAAAGGCAAUCAACCCCAAGUGUGAGACGCCAGUUCCCCCAUGGAGGAGGAUUUCCACUCGACACUAUUGACUUCGAGGAUGACUCUAGAGGCUGGCGUUUCGACAUGGACAUGGUCAUAAUCUACAUCUACUCAGUCAACUGGGUUAUUGGAUUUUUUAUAUUCUGCUUCCUUUGCUAUUUAUUCUUCCCUUCCUUUUGACAAUUUUGCAAACUAUGAUGGAGCGACACAGAAAUGCAACAUGUUGAAGACUGAAGAGGAGAAAGUUAUUAUUUAAAGACGCAUUAAAUGUAUUGUGGAAGAAGGAAGAGCUGGGAAAUCAAUUUUAGCGAGAAGCCAAUGACUGAACUUCAAGUAGGUGCAAAAAUCAGAACUUAAAAAGAGCAAAUUGUGUAGACAUUUUAAACUUAAAUGUUCUGUUUCCGGACUUCAUCUAACCCACACACAGGGGAGCAAAGCCAAGUUAGUCUAUUAAUAAAUCAUUCAGGCUGCAGUGUUUAUUUUUGACCUGAUUCAGUUAUUGUUGAGACAAAAUUGGUAGGUGAAGUUGUUCGAAACCAAACAUUGAUUUCAAUUACGAAAUACUUUAAAAAUGCAACAAAAAUAUUUUGUCCAUAUGUAAGACUUAAUAAAGGAAAGUUUUUUGUUAA